AGAGAGGAUAGGACAAGGAAGAAAGAGACCUGAAGAGACAUCUCAGAAGAAACAGCUUGAACUUCCCUACUCCCAACGAACCCAGCGCUAUGGACACUAAAGGCUCAUUUUCUUGUGGCUUCUUCUUGCUGCUGCUCAUCCAACUCCAGUCCACCAGAGCCAACCCUAUCUACAGCCUCAGCCCUGCCAAAGAACUGGCCAGCAUGGAGGCUCUGCUAGAGAGACUGGAGGAGAAGUUUGCAAUGAUUGAAGCCCUGGAGUCCAAUCCUGACCUGCAAGAACCCAAAACCCAGGAGGAGAUCCCACCAGAACUCAUAGAUGACAGUGAAGACCAGAAGGCUGAACCCAGGCUAGCACCCAGCACCCCUCUGUCCUACAGGGACCCCUUCCUCAAGAGACUGAGGGGGCUGCAGAUGCCCAGGAUGAUGAGAGAUUCUGGCUGCUUCGGGAGGAGAAUUGAUAGAAUCGGCUCCCUGAGUGGAAUGGGUUGCAACGGUUCCAGGAAGAAUUAGGACAACCUCCCUAUACCCUACUCUGAAGAAUGCUUUACAGUACCCGUUCCUCCCAAGAUGAAAGCCGGAUGCUUUCUAAGCUCUUCAACAGAAAGUGAUUCCUAUUUUUAUUUAUUUAUUUAUUUAUUUAUUUGAUGUUUUUUAAAGAACAUUUCUUACUCUAGCACCAAGAGACCAUCUUUAAAUAAAACUAACACUUUAGACAUCUAUGCUGGACCUCUCUCCUGUCUGUUGCAUUAAAAUUUCUUGUAUUUUCCUGAAGUCAAAAGCCUAGGUUUUAUUGGUACUCUGCUACCCACAAGGCUGGAUCUUAUACAAGACAGAGAA